GCCGGAAGUUGGUCUCCGGACUUCCGUUUGUUGCGCAAGCGUCUGUUGAGGCGACGAGAGCCACGUCCGGAGCUGCUCGGUCCCGCCGCCCUCGUCCCCGGGGCCGCAGCAUCUUUGAAACAGAAAAAGGCCCUUCAAAACAGUUUGAAUUGAAAAGGUAAUGGGCUCAGAGAACAGUGCUCUAAAGCGUGAUGCACUGGCAGGGCCUCCAUUUACAUUACCCUCCGGAGUCGAUAUUUACCCAGCAGUAUUGCCUUGUGGCAAACCUGCCUCUGUUUUUGUGUAUAAGAGAGAGAAUGAAGAAAAUGUUAACAAAGCUGCCAAGCACUUGAAAACAUUACGCCAUCCUUGCCUCCUGCGCUUCCUUUCUUGUUCUAUGGAAGCAGAUGGAAUCCACCUGGUUACUGAGCACGUGCAACCACUGGAGAAGGUCUUGGAGACUCUUUCUUCUUCUGAGAUAUGUGCUGGAAUCUAUGAUAUUCUGCAGGCCCUAGUGUUCCUCCAUGACAGGGGACACCUAACACACAACAAUAUCUGCCUCUCUUCCAUAUUUGUUAGUGAAAAUGGGCAUUGGAAACUAGGAGGCAUGGAAACAGUCUGCAAUCAAAAUGAAGCUACAACAGAGUUUCUGAAUAGUAUCAAGUCAAUACGAGAGAAGACGGGUAUUCCACCUGAAGAACUGGCUACAGACUUCCAGCUUCUUCCUGGAGGCCAGGGUCAUUCCCGGGAUGCAUAUUCAUUUGGUGUAAUGGUUGAAAACCUGCUGAGUUUUUUAAAUGAAGAGGUUGCAGAGGAUGUUUUCAUCAGUUUUCAGCAGACCUUAUGCACUGCUUUGCUAAAUCCUGAUCCUGUGUGCCGUUUCCCGCUGUCUAAUCUACUAUCCCAUGAAUUCUUUCGGUGAGCAUACUCUGAAACUAGCUUCCUGAACAGUUUAACACUGAAAAUAGAGGAGAAAAAGUCAGAAUUUUUCAGAUUUCUGCUGGACAGACUGAGUGGCUUGCCAGAGCAGUUGAUUGCUUUGAGGUUGGUACCUCUCUUGCUCAAUCAGCUUGUUUUUGCUGAACCAGUAGCUAUCAGGAGUUUCCUUCCUCAUCUCCUCAGUCCAAGGAAAGAUAAAGUGGGUGAAAGCGAGAUCAGUGGCCUGCUGUCUCCAGCUGUGUUCCAAGCACAUGUCAGCCCUGUGCUGCUGAAAUUGUUUGAAGUGCAUGAAGAGCAUGUUCGGAUAGUGUUGCUAUCUCACCUAGAUGCCUAUGCAGAAUUGUUUACUCAAAAAGAGCUGAAAAAUAUCAUAUUACCACAGGUUUUAUUGGGGCUGCGAGAUACCAGUGACUCGCUGGUAGCUAUAACACUGCAAAGUUUAGGAGUGCUGGUCUCACUGCUUGGACCUGAUGUUGUUGUGGGAGGUGACAGAACAAAAAUCUUCAAACGUUCAGCACCAAGUUUCACUAAAACCUCGGACCUUUCCCCAGAAGAUUCUCUCAGUCAUGUAAUCAACUUCCAGAAAAGACUGAUCUAUCAGCCUCUGCAGAAUAACUCAAGUAUAUUCCUCAAGUGUCCCAACUCAGGAAAUCUUUCAUUCAGCAACAGAGAUCAUGUGCCAAGGCAAGAUUCUCACAUUGCCUUAAGAAAAGGGGAACAAGACACUUUGCAUUUAAACAGUGUGCCUGAUGGCUUAAAUACAUUGAAGAAUGGUGGAAGCUGCAAGAAUGUAGUUGAGAAGACAGUAGAGGAAUGGCCAGACUGGAGUGAGUGUGAAGAGCUAGAGACUGGGAAAAGUGCAACUAUAGAUACCAGAAGAAAAGAAUUUUGUGUCAACAGCAGCCCCUGUCUGACCAGUCAUGAUGUGGAUGAGAGAUCUUGGGGUGAUGUGGCUCAUACCCCUAACUUCCAACUUUCCUCAGGAAACAGUUUCACUGCUACAGGGUUAAAUAGCAUCACAGAGUUGCAACUGUCUCCAAAUCGAACUCUCAAAUGUAGUCCAUUUGCAGGGCCUAGGAGCAAUGGUGAUGGUUAUAACCAUGGAGACAAGGAAUGCAAAAUUUCCUCUCUGCCAAAGACAUUGUGUGUAGAGCAAUCUUCCAAGUUAAAAUGUGGUUUAGGAGAGGAGUUCAUGAUCCAGGUGAAAAGGAAAGAGUUGCAUGACCCAGAGCUGGACUGGUUUGCUGACAUGGUCCCAGACAUCAAACCUUCAUCAACUUUCUUGAUUCUACCAGAACUGGGGCCCCAUCCUGUCAUUCACAACAACUUAGACACAAAUUGCAGUACUGUGUGUGAUGCUCAGAAGGUGCAGUUUUCUUCCAAAUUUGCAGCUGCUGAAUUUACAGAGGUGAAUGGUGUUGGCUGGGAAGAACAGGAAGAGCUGAACUGGGAAGAUGAUGCAAACUGGUGACAACUGAAAUUAUGCUGAAGUUAGAUAGCUCUUUGCACAACAUCAUGGGCAGCCUCUCUGCAGUUCUACAGGUGGCAAGAAUUCAUUAUCUUCACAGCACAGUUGCCUUUCUGCUCUGCAGAAUUUAGGCCAAUAACUACCAGUGGGGCUUUCUGCCAUGAGGGCUGGAAAAAAAUCCUUGGAGAGAGGAAGAUGUUGCAAAUAUGUGGUUUUAUUUUUCCAUAACAAAGAAUGAUUGUGGAAAACUUCAGGGAAAAUAAAUGGAUAACACACUAGA